AUCUGAGUUGUGCUAAACAGGUUAAACUGUUACCUAUGAUUUUAAACCAAAUCAGAAGUCUCUUUUUUGGUGAUAAUUUGCAGUGAAAUGUGGAACCAACCCUCUUUGUUGUUUAAAGAUUAAACCAUGGGGUUGAUGUUAUUGAUUAACUCAUCAUACUGCCAUGCUACAUCAUCAGGCAGGACAGUUCAGUCUGAAUCUACCUCAUUUCACAGUGAGUGGACAAGCAGGCAACAUCAGCUUUGACAACACAGCGUAUAUCCACACAGAAAAGAUCUGGUAUGACGUCUAAGACAGUCAGUCCUCUCACUACCCAUGUGCUAAACACUGCAGAUGGGGUUCCUGGAGCCCGCAUGGCUCUCAGUCUGCACCGCCUGGACCCCCACAUGGCCCUCUGGAACCUCUUAACUAUAGGAACCACAGAUAAGGAUGGCCGCUGUUUGGAUCUAAUUACCAGAGAAGCUUUCACUGCAGGCAUGUACAAAAUACGCUUUGAGACCGGCCAGUACUGGGAAAAUUUGGGCCAGACCUGUUUUUACCCAUAUGUUGAGAUUGUCUUCACCAUAACAGACCAGGAUCAGAUGUUUCACCUGCCUCUACUCCUCAGCAGAUUCUCCUACAGCACCUACAGGGGCAGUUAGUGAAGCACAGGCACCUACACUGGAUACAGAUGUUCAGCAAUAAUCUGAUCUCCAGUGAUGCAUUUGUGUUUCAGUUAGAAGGAUUUUCCCGAUGUCUGUGUUACUGGAAAGACUGAUGGAUUUGCAACAAAUUAUUUUUCUUCAUGACCCAUGUUAGUGAUGUGGAAGACUGAUUUUUUGAGAUUGUUAUUUAUCCUGAAGUGCUGACAAAAAAAAAUAAAAUAAGUAAAACAACA